AUUUACAGGUGUACGGUACACUAGCUAUCCUCCUCGAGGAGGAUAGCUGAGGACUGAAAGGAUGUUCAACUUUCAGAGAAACAGGAGACAGAGCCUCUUUCCCAACUGCAAACUAGCAACCUCUGAGUCAACAGACGACACUGCUCCGUUCGCUAAACAGUGUUUGUUAAAACAGUGGAGCUCUUUAGGCGAACUACAGACGGAUAUCUAUGAAAUCUUCGGUGAUGAUGAGGAGGUUGAGAUGCAUUCGGAACCAACACUGUGGUUUGCAAACGCAUCACCCAGCAGGAAUUGCAUGCUUAACCUCAACGUUGGUGGAAAGUCCUACUGUAUCACCUACAAAAUGGCAGCAAGAUACCCACAGAGCAGAAUCGGACGUCUUGCAACCUAUACAGACCUCAACAUGAAGUUGAAACUCUGUGACGACUACAUUGUAAAGGACAAUGAGUAUUUCUUCGACCGAGAUCCAGACGUCUUCAACAGCAUCUUCAACUUCUACAGGACCGGCGUGCUGUGGAUCAAGGAUGAGCUUUGUCCGAGGAACUUCUUGGAAGAGAUCAAUUACUGGGGCGUUCGGAUCAAAUACUCGCAACGGUGCUGUCGGAUCCUCCUUGAGGAGAAACAUGAUGAGUUGUGCGAACAGCUCAAGGUUCAGAAGGAACUGGAGGAGGAGGUGGAAAUCGAAGAAAACGAGGACGCGUUUGAUAACAUGUUCCUAGGCAAGAUGAGACGCUCGAUUUGGAGCUUCAUGGAGAAACCGUUCUCCUCGAUACCAGCUAAACUAAUGGCGGUCGCCUCGAGUAUGUUUGUGCUGGUGUCACUGGUUACCAUGACUUUGACUACGGUAGACGAAAUGGAGAACAUGGCAUCUGCUAACGAGUUUAGCGGAAAGACAUAUGGAGAGCUUGUAGAGACUCUGUGUAUAACCUUCUUCACCUCCGAGUACCUAUUGCGUCUAGUUUCAACCCCAGAUAUGGGUUGCUUUGUUAAGAGCAUUCUGAACACGGUUGACCUCAUGGCCAUCCUGCCGCAGUUUCUCCAAUUUGCUCUUGAAAGCAUUGAGACCUUUGGUUCUAGGAAACAAACCGCUGACGUGGAGACUGUUGGUCAGGUGAGCAAGGUGGGACAAGUGUUACGAAUCAUGCGACUCAUGCGUAUUUUUCGUGUUCUGAAACUGGCGCGUCACUCAACGGGGCUCAGAGCGUUUGGCUUCACGUUGAGGCAGUGCUACCAGCAGGUGGGAUGUCUCUUCCUCUUUAUCGCCAUGGGGAUCUUCACAUUCUCCGCCAUGGUUUAUACUGUUGAACACGACGUCCCUCAAACCAAAUUCAUCAGUAUUCCACAUUCUUGGUGGUGGGCAUCUGUUAGCAUCUCUACUGUAGGAUAUGGUGACAUGUAUCCAGAGACCCUUUUGGGGCGGCUAUUUGCCUUUGCCUGCAUUUCCUUUGGGAUCAUUUUGAAUGGCCUUCCUAUCUCCAUGCUCUUUAAUAAGUUCUCUGAUUACUAUGCCAAACUGAAGUCUCAUGAAUAUACUUCCAACAUGAAGAACAGAGGGAAGGUUAACUUCAUCCUGAGAGCCAAGAAGAAACUCACAGUGUGUGGCUGCAUUGAAACUAAUGACACUAAUGUUUUGUAGAGACUAAUGCAAUCGAUUGAAUCUUGUCUGAAUGAGAUCAGUUUCUUAAAAGCCUCUUAUGUAAAAGUGCCAAGUGAAAUUUUAAAACACAAGUAAUAAAUAACACAGAUUUAAAAUAUCAAGUGGUACAUACUUACAGUCUGUUAUUCCUCACAUCUUGUUCCUGGUGAUUUAUCAAUUGUUUAGUUU